GGUGGAGGCAGAGGCGGCCGCGCCAUCCCCCGGGCUCCGCGCGCCGGGACUCGGACGCACGGGCGCGACCUCCCGCACGGGCGCGGGACCCCCGAGCGCGUCCCCCGCGGCCGAGCGCGCCCCCCGCGCCCGCGCCCCCGCGGCCCCCGCGCCCGCGGCCCCAGCGGCUCCCCGCGGCGGGGGCGCGUCCCUCCGGCCGCUCCCAGGAAAAACUGCAUAGAAAAUCUAAUGGAUGAAGAUGAGAAAGACAGAGCGAAGAGAGCUUCUCGAAAUAAGUCUGAGAAGAAGCGGCGGGACCAGUUCAAUGUUCUCAUCAAAGAGCUCAGCUCCAUGCUGCCCGGGAACACGCGCAAAAUGGACAAAACCACUGUGCUUGAGAAGGUCAUCGGCUUCCUGCAGAAACACAACGAAGUCUCAGCACAAACAGAAAUCUGUGACAUUCAACAGGAUUGGAAACCUUCGUUCCUGAGCAAUGAGGAGUUCACCCAGCUGAUGUUAGAGGCUCUAGACGGCUUCAUCAUCGCGGUGACCACGGAGGGCAGCAUCCUGUACGUCUCAGACAGCAUCACCCCACUCCUCGGGCACCUGCCGUCGGAUGUCAUGGAUCAGAAUUUGUUAAAUUUCCUUCCCGAGCAAGAACACUCUGAAGUGUACAAGAUCCUUUCCUCCCAUCUGCUCGUGGCCGAUUCCCCUGCGCCGGAAUACUUAAAAUCUGACAACGAUCUGGAGUUUUAUUGCCAUCUUCUCAGAGGCAGCUUGAACCCAAAGGAAUUUCCAACUUAUGAAUACAUAAAAUUCGUGGGAAAUUUUCGCUCUUACAACAAUGUGCCUAGCCCCUCCUGUAACGGCUUCGACGGCGCGCUCCCGAGGCUGCCGCUGGGGAAGGACGCCUGCUUCAUCGCCACGGUGCGCCUGGCCACGCCGCAGUUCUUGAAGGAAAUGUGCAUCGUUGACGAGCCUUCAGAGGAAUUCACUUCCAGGCAUAGCUUGGAAUGGAAAUUCUUGUUUCUGGAUCACAGAGCCCCUCCCAUCAUUGGGUACCUGCCGUUCGAAGUCCUGGGCACGUCGGGCUACGAUUACUACCACAUCGAUGACCUGGAGCUCCUGGCUCGAUGCCACCAGCACUUGAUGCAGUUCGGCAAAGGCAAGUCCUGCUGCUACCGGUUCCUGACCAAGGGCCAGCAGUGGAUCUGGCUGCAGACGCGCUACUACAUCACCUACCACCAGUGGAACUCCAAGCCCGAGUUCAUCGUCUGCACGCACUCGGUCGUCAGCUACGCCGAUGUCCUCGUGGAGCGGCGGCAGGAGCUGGCUCUGGAAGACCCCACGCCAGAGGCCGUCCACCCCCCAGCCCUGAAGGACAAAGGCUCAAGUCUGGAGCCUGAGCAGCACUUCAACGCCCUUGACGUGGGCGCGUCCGGCCUGAGCACCAGUCACUCGCCAUCAGCCUCCUCCAGAAGCUCCCACAAGUCCUCGCACACAGGCGUGUCGGAGCCCCCCUCCACUCCGAGCAAGCUGAUGGCCGAGGCCAGCACCACGACUUUGCCAAGACCAGACCUCCCCGUGCCGGGGCUCUGCCAGGCAGCCACGAUGCCGGGCUCCCUGCACCCUGCGGCCUGCGACCGCACACAGCAGCUCCUGCCUCGGGCCGCCCUGCAGAGCCCACCCACGCCCGUGGCCCAGUUUUCAGCUCAGUUCAGCAUGUUCCAGACCAUCAAAGACCAGCUGGAGCAGCGGACGCGGGUGCUGCAGGCCAAUAUCCGGUGGCAGCAGGAGGAGCUGCACAAGAUCCAGGAGCAGCUGUGCCUGGUCCAGGAUUCCAGUGUGCAGUUGUUCCUGCAGCAGCCAGCCUUGUCCCUGAGCCUCGAGGGCCAGCCGCCGCUCCCGCAGCGGUCGGCCACACGCCCGCAGCUGCAGCUGCCCGGACAGAUGACCCCCGCCCCGGCCACAGCCCCGCAGCUGCUCCGAGACGCCAGCGUGAUGCUCGCCCAGGGCCAGAAGCCGGUGAGAAGCCCCCAGCUCCCGCAGGCCGGCGGGCAGCUGCCCUCCCCAUUCAGCAGCACCGAGCCUGGGCUCCCCCCGGGGCACCUGGGCGCGCCAGCCCCCACCAGCCAGGACGCCAGCCAGUGCCAACCCAGCCCGGACUUCAGUCACGACCGCCAGCUCCGGUUGCUCCUGAGCCAGCCCAUCCAGCCCAUGAUGCCUGGGUCCUGUGAGGCGCGGCCACCCUCCGAGGCCAGCAGGACUGGACGGCCAGCCAAGUAUGCUCCAAGCCAGGCGCUGUUCCAGAGUGCCGAUGUGCCCAGGCCCAACAGUGGCCCCUCGGCCCCCGUGCCCCUGAUGGGGCAGGCCGUGCUCCACCCCAGCUUCCCUGCUGCCCAGCUGUCACCCCUGCAGCCCGGACAGGCCCAGCCGCAGCCUCAGCACUUCCCGCAGGUGCCAGCGGCAGCCUCCCUGCACGGCGAGCCCCAGGAUGCCUUGCUCCUCUCCACCUACCCGCAGGCGCCCGGGAGCUACCCAGCGCCACCCUCCCGCCCGGCCCGGAGGCUCAGCGGCCUGUCCGAAGCCUCGGGCCCCCAGCAGACCCCCCGGUAG